AUGCCAGUAGACCCCAUCACGGGCUCAGCUCUGGCGGUGAAGGCCUUGUGCGUUCUGCCACUCAAAGUGGCAGCAGUUGGUGGCGGAUACCAUACUGCUGCUACAGCUGUUGUAGCCGCGGCUCCCACCCCAGAGAUUACUAGCUUCGGUGCUUAUGGUCCUCCUGAGAUCACCACCAUGCAGCCCACGGUCCAAUUGAACCCCGCUGGAGCACCGCUGCCUACUGUUGACGUACCGCCCCCGCCCGAACUGACAUUUCCUCCUGACGUGUUCACUAACAUUGAAGGACUCGUCAACUCUAUCACGCUUCCUGAUCCGACUACCUUCACCGCGGGAGCUCCAGGGACAUACCAUGAGUUCCCAGGGCCCAUCGACAUCAGCACCGGCCAUGCUGUACCCAGUGUAGAUGGAGAGAUCAGGACAGCCGCUGACCUGGGCAUGCAAGACCUCGUUGAUAGAGCUAACGCGCUCAACAAGCAAUUAUUCGGCCACCCAAACACGGGUGUCCCGUCUCAGAUGUAUAAGGACGUCUAUAAUGAGAUCGUCAACAGAGCUCAUGCACUUGGAAGAUACGACGUGUUCCCACGUAUAGGAAGUGCUAUUACUGACGCCAUCGGUAGUCAACCUGAGCUAACUCCGGUAGAGCCCUCCGGUGUGAACGGUGUGUUCAUCCCUGUCAUCGAAGCUGUGCGCGCCACUUGCGGUGACUGUUGCCGUCGCCCUGUCACCCAGGGGAGCUCUUCCUCAAGCAGCUUCCUUGACGUUGAAGAUACAAGCUGUUUGAGGAGGGUCCUCGCUGAAACGUACACGGCCUAUGCCGAGGCCUGGAUCGGCAUCUCUUCGGCUUUGCACGAGAUCAUGGCGGCCUAAUUUCAUCAUUAUCUCGAUUUCUUUCAACAACAAUAUCAACCAGUAUCAGAUUAUUCUAUGCCAUUCGAUUUCUC